AUGACCGUGUUGUUGGUCAACGUGUUGACCUACGUAUUCAUGCACCUCAGGGUGAUUAUCCCAGACUUGGAAUAUCUGGUAGUGUCGGAAAUGUAUGGGAUCCACAGAAUCUGCAAGCAGCAGCAAAGCUACAGAGUGUUGAGAGAAAAAAGAAUUCCUCCCUGGAUGGAAGUGGCCCUUAUCCCCAUGACAGGAAAACCAAGUCUCUACCCGGGAUUAUUCCUGUUUACCACUCCUUGUAGACUGGUGCGGCCUGUGCAGAACUUGGAAUUAGGCAGAGAAGAACUAAUUGGAACUAUGGAGCAGAUCUUCAUGAACGUUGCCAUCUUUGAGGAUGAGGUUUUGGCAGGAGUUACCACUCACCAGGAGCUCUUCCCUCACAGCCUGCUGAGUGUGAUCGCCAACUUCAUCCCUUUCUCCGAUCACAACCAGAGUCCUCGGAACAUGUACCAGUGCCAGAUGGGGAAGCAAACCAUGGGCUUUCCACUUCUCACUUACCAAGCUCGGUCAGAUAAUAAACUGUACCGUCUUCAGACUCCACAAAGCCCUUUAGUAAGACCAUACAUGUAUGAUUAUUAUGACAUGGAUAACUAUCCAAUUGGGACAAAUGCCAUCGUUGCUGUUAUUUCUUACACUGGCUACGAUAUGGAAGAUGCCAUGAUCGUGAAUAAGGCCUCCUGGGAACGAGGCUUUGCCCAUGGAAGUGUCUACAAGUCUGAGUUCAUAGAUCUCUCUGAAAAAAUUAAACAAGGAGAUGAUAGUCUGGUGUUUGGAGUCAAACCUGGUGACCCACGGAUUUUGCAGAAGUUAGAUGAUGAUGGAUUGCCAUUUAUUGGAGCACAGCUGCAGUAUGGAGAUCCGUAUUACAGCUACCUGAACCUCAACACCGGGGAAAGCUUUGUGAUGUACUAUAA